GUAACGGAGGCUCGCUCAGUAAUGCUGCGAUGAUGGACCUCACCUCGCCGACGCAAUAAUGCCGGGCUCUCCGUGCUCUUUUCGAAACGCGCCUUGUGGAUUUUAAAUGGGCUUACGUCCCUUUUUUUUUGGUCGAAGGUUUUUCCAAUGACUGUGAAGACUUGAGCGUUUUUUUGGUAUUAUUCGCGCUGCAGCUCGUGGACGAAUUAACAUGACUUUUAAUGAACGGCCACCGGUUGGAGCUGGGUGCCGAUCUAUCGAAAGAGCACUAUGAGGAGAUGACAACAAGCGGCCUCUAAUCCAGAAAGGAUUCCUCUCCUCUGUGUGAAGAGCCUGCUAACCGUGUGCAAGGACCGUUGGGAGUACAAGAAUCAAGUCAAGGAGACGUUCGCCUCCCCGCCUCCCUCCUCUCAGCUUACAAGAAGAUGGGAGUGAGAAAAUAAAGCUCCGCAGAGUAAAGAGAGGCUUAAUGAAUUCCAAGGAAUUUGAAAACAAACAGUGUGCAUUUGUGUGUGUGUCUGUGUGAGCGGAUCAGGCAACCAUCAUGUGCACGUUGGCUGCGUCUGUCCACUGUCUUCUGGCUGCUGCGCUGAUAUUGGCCAUCUGCCUCCAAUCAUUGACCGCCACUGAGGAUGAUGUCACACCACGCAUCAGUUUCUCUUACAAUGCAAAGGAGAGAUCGGCCAAGAGGUUUUCCGUGGAUGGCGUCUUCAAUUACACCUCCUUGCUGCUCAGCCAGGAGGACGACAUGCUGUACGUCGGAGCCAGGGAGGCGCUGUUUGCCCUCAGCCUCUCGGACAUCAGCAGGGCCAAGCUCCAGAAGAACCUGACGUGGGGCACUCCUGCUGGAAAAAGAGAGGAGUGCAGCUUCAAAGGGAAGAACCUGCAGACUGAUUGCUUCAAUUACAUCAAAAUCCUCCUCCGGCUGAACAGCACUCAUCUCUACGUGUGCGGCACCUACGCCUUCAGUCCUAUUUGCGCCUACAUAAACACGUCAACAUUCACACUGGAGAGAGACGAAGUGGGCGAGGUCGUGAUGGAAGACGGGCGCAGCCGCUGCCCCUUUAAUCCGGAGUAUAAAUCCACUGCCAUCAUUGUUGAUGGUGAGUUGUACACUGGUACCGUCAGCAGCUUCCAGGGGAAUGAGCCGGUCAUUUACAAGAGUUUGGUUCAGGGAACUGCUCUGAAGACCGAAAACUCUUUAAAAUGGCUGCAAGAUCCAGUCUUUGUCGGGUCGGCUUACAUCGAGGAGAGUCAGCCAAUAGGAAACCCCGUUGGAGACGACGACAAGAUUUACUUCUUCUUCAGCGAGGCGGGAAAAGAAUUUGACUUCUUUGACAACACCAUUGUGUCGAGGAUUGCUCGCGUGUGUAAGGGAGAUAAAGGCGGCGAACGUGUGCUGCAGAAAAAAUGGACGACCUUCCUUAAGGCCCAGCUCCUGUGCUCCCUCCCUGAUGACGGCUUCCCCUUCAACAUUAUCCAGGACAUGUUUGUCCUGAAGCCCACGGGAGACAGCUGGGAAAGCACCGUCUUCUACGGCGUCUUCACCUCGCAGUGGUAUAAAGGAGCAUCAGGCAGCUCAGCGGUCUGCGCCUUCACCAUGGCACAGGUGGAAAGAGCCUUCAGCGGGCGCUACCGAGAGGUCAACCGGGAGACGCAGCAGUGGUACACGUACAACCACCCGGUGCCAGAACCACGGCCCGGAGCGUGUGUGACCAAUCACGCCAGGCAAAUGGGAAUCCAGUCGUCCUUGCACAUGCCCGAUAAAGUGCUCAACUUUGUCAAGGACCAUUUCCUGAUGGAUAGCGUGAUCCGCAGCACCCCCCUGCUGUUGAAACGCAACGUGCGCUACACUCAGAUCACCGUGCACAAGAUCCAGGGCAUGGAGAGGGCCUACGACGUGCUCUUCAUUGGAACAGAUGACGGAAAGCUCCAUAAGGCCAUCAACGCCAACGAUAAGAUGCUCAUCAUAGAGGAGAUGGUUCUGUUUCCGGAGCCUCAGCCUGUGCAACACAUCGAACUUGAUCCCCAGAGGGGUCUGUUGUUUGUGUCGUCCAACUCUGGGCUGGUGGAGGUUCCUGUGGCCAACUGCUCCAACUACCUGAGCUGUGGAGAGUGCGUGUUGUCCAGAGACCCAUACUGUGCCUGGACCGGACGUCUGUGUCGGGACGUCAGGAUGGCUCCACCUGACAGUCACUGGCAGCAGGAUGUUGAAGAGGCCGAUACAUCUGCGAUUUGUAACAGGGUGUCUCCCAGCACCAGCUUUCCACCAGCAGCUUCUCGCGGCUCCCACUGUAAACUCAUCAUAAUCCCGGCCAACACCUUCAGGGUCCUGCCAUGUAAACUGCGGUCCAACUUGGCACAGAGGAGGUGGCGUUACAGUGACAACGCCCGCCAGUUCCUCUACGCCACACCAGAGGGAGACCUGGUAGUGCUGGCGCAGCCCGACAGGACGGAGACCUACGAGUGCUGGUCGGAGGAGGAGGGUUUCCGCCAGCUGUUGGCCAACUACUGUGUGAAGGCGGAGCCCCGCCAGGAGAGCACCACUAUGAUCGGUCUCUCGCGCACGCCGCAGGUUGAGCCGGCAGAGACCAUCGUCCUGCCCGGCGAGUCUCGUUCCGAGCAGCACCACGCGAAGACGUACUGGAACGAGCUGAUCGUGGUGUGCGCCCUGCUGGCGUUCUCCGUGGUGGUGUUCUCCCUGUUCGUCAUCUACAGGAACCGAGAUCACAUGAAGUCGGUGCUGAAGCAGGGCGAGUGCCCCAACAUGCAGCAGAAGAAGCCGCGGAUCGCGGGGAAGCCCGCCGAGAGCUUGCCGCUCAACGGCAACACCAUCCCCGUCUCCACCUCCGAUCACAAGGGCUACCAGACGUUGAACGACAACUACAUCUGCAGCACGCCGACCCACGAGUCCUCGCCGGACAACAGCAAGAGCUUCUCCGAGGCGUCCGACAGGCGGCCGCUUAACGUGAAGGAGAGCCACGUGGAAUACUCGCCAACCUGCCCCCGGCCCAGAGUGAGGCUCGGCUCGGAGAUCAAAGACUCAAUUGUUUGAGAGCGACGCGUUCGCUGAAAAGAUGCCACCCUGUGUCUCAGAUGCAGGCCGCCGAGCAAAGGAGAGGAGACGCUGACAUCCCCUUUACGUCGCAGCACGUUUCUUAUUUUAGUCAUCUUUUGUUUGUCUGUGAUGAGAGGUCAUUUACGUCGUUUACUUAUUUCCACUCUGAAGCCAUUGGUUGGUCUGCUCUUCCGGAGGAAGCAGCGUUACACUUGGGUUUGAACCAGGCUCAACAACCAUGGUAGCUGCUCAGAGUAGUUAUAAAGGUCUUUGUUUGAGUCGUCCUUUAUGGCCACUAAUGUGUGUGUGUGAGCGAGCGUAGGGCCGGGGAAUGUAGAAAGAAUAAGGGGAAUAUUAGAAAAUGAUAUAAACAGAGGACUUCUUCCUAUAUUAACAUUCAGCACAGUAUCUCUUUAGGUAUUCAAGAGCCAGUGUUAAAAAUGACUAGUUGAUGUCUAUCACAUGAUAAAAACAACAUACAAAGAAUUUAGAAUUUCCCCGCCCGGUUUGAGCCUGUGUGACCUUCCAAAUGCUCCACAGAAGAUGGAUGCCACAAGGGCAAGAGUUUUUUUUAAGCACACCGGGACCAAGUUACAGCGCCAUGAUGACCUGGAGUUCAGGUUUAGGAGAGUAUAAUACAUGCGUUCUAUGCGCAUACUUAUUGUGAUCCACACAUCAUGGAGGCGAGUCAGAAGCACAUUUGUUCCUUUUUCGCUGAAUAAAUGUCACGACUGUUGGAGGAUAACGCUGCUGAAAGAAAGGUCGAGGAACUAUUAUUAAAAUGACUGAAAGAGAGUUGAUCAAAAUGCUCCAGGGCCUCAAAACGUGAACAAUAACCUCCUGAAUGUAUAUUGUUGUUCUACGGUUUCAUUCACACAUCACUGCACCACGGACAACUUUGAGAACUGGUUGCUCCUCAUCUUCAGUAUUGACCUGCAGGCACCAAGCAAACGCUCUGGACCCUCUUUUGGAAGCAUAUUCGGAAAAAGAGACCUUUAAAUUUGUUCAGUUUUAAAAUGGUCGUUACGAGCCGUCAGAGGAAGGGGAAGAAGGCGGGACGUCCACUCUUCUCCUUUCAUCCGGACCGCACCAAAUCAUCACGUGCAUUGUGCCAAAACAAAGGAACAACUUCUAAGUGUAAUAGUGCCAUGCGGUCAUGAUCACUCCCGUGCUUUGCGAUAGCAUUGAUCACCGUCGACGAGCACAUGGGGACGAGUCCAGAAGUGGGUUUCACAAUAAAGAAAGGUGCAAAGUUUGAAAUGUCUCUUUAGACUGUUUCACGCCCGUAUUGGGCAAAGCUCAUUUGACUUUUAAAGAAAGUGGCCUGGAGAUGAGUACAUGUGAAAACCUGUCUCCUGGUUGCCAGGUGAGAAAACACCAGUUUUCCUUCAUCCACCCUUAAUGUCUCAUAAGUUCUUGGAAUACGCUGAAACAAACAGGUACAACUAGUUUGAGACUACCGAGCUGGAUGAGCGCUGACAACACAAACUAUGUGGUUAAUUCAAAGUGCCAACAACUCAAAGGAAGAAAGAAAAGUCACAGCAAGUGUACGGGAGAAAUAUGAUCGUAUCCAGAGUCGCCUACGAAGUGGUGCAGUUGCACAAAGCGCUGUGUCAGCUCAAUAUAACCCUCCAGGUUCCAUUUCUUACAUACGUUGAGUUCCCCACACUUACUCAGAUGUCAUUGGGACAGUGAAAGCACAAGUAAUCAGGGUUGUGAAUACUCGCAGGUUUGCACGUCAGUAAAAUCAGCUGGAACUCUUAAGAAAUGCAACUACUGAGAGGCGGAAGGUGUGGACAUUUUUUUAUUUUUUUAUUUGUUAUUCCAGGGACCAGUGCAGCCAUUACGAACACACACCCUUGCACUCAUUACUUCAACUGUUGAGACUUAACAAGCAGAAAUUCCCAAAGAUGUAGGAAGCAGAUGGUGUCGUGUAAAUCGGAGCGAGAAACCGCUACGCAGCCAUGGGGACAACAUGGCACCACGCGUCUUAGAAUACAUCACACUGUAUUGAUCAAGUUAGCCUACAGUAAACAGUAUAUUCCAAUAUCCUAGCGAGUACACAUUUAGCUGUUUCCAACACUGAGCAGAUGACUAAAUGCUGUGUUACUACUACAAGUGGACAAAGUGCACAGCAUACUGCGCAACAGCGGCCAGUGUUUGCUUUGCUUUUCUUUUUCGUGUGUGUGUGUGUGUGUGUGUGUCUGAAUAUAUACAGUAUCUGUGCUUAAUAUUGUGUGUUUUUUUUCAAGGGACCUUGUGCAAGAUGUGUUGUAGAGAUAGUCUUGAAACUAGAGAGUGGACACUGCUGAUAUUUUCUUUUCAUAGUGCUUUACUGCCUUCUCCCGCUUACAUUUCAAAUCUUGCACAGAGUACUGCACAUGCAUCGCCGUGCUGUCAGUUCAGCGCCUGGGCUCGUUCUUUUUUUUUUUUGUUGUUCUUCAAGCAUGCUGAAGCAGGUGGGAGAACCUUGUUUUUAUUUUGUAUUCCAAAUUAAAUUGAAGGGGGUGGUUUGAUCUUGCAGGAAAUAUGCUUAUUUGCUUUCCCGCUAAGAGUUAAAUGAGAAAAGUCCUGCCACUUAUAACUGAACGCUUCAUUUUAAUCUACCACCAGCUGCUGGCAGGAAUCGCUUGAAAGCUUCUCGAGUUGCUCGUCUUUGUGCUAAGCUAAGCGGUUGUUUGCUGAGGCCUAUUCACCAUGCACACGCGGGUGGUGUCGAUCAUCCCAUCUAACUCUUGGCAGUAACACAAAUGCCGGCAUUCCCCAAAAGGUCUAACUAUUCCUUUUAGCGUUGUUUGCUGAGACUAACCAAAUAAACAAGAGUAAAACAUUCGCCAAAAGAUGCGUAACAAGAAUAAAUGAGACUCUAAAAAGCAUUGUUUGCCCCCACUUCUAAGACAUGUUUAAUAUGACCCCUGCUUCAGAUGCUUGGUGGAAAACGUCACAACCUACUUUCAAUAUGCCUUCAGGUGUCAGGGUGUUCUGCCUUUAGCCACAUCGUACACUACCCCAACAGUGAGGCGGUGAAUGGCGUGAUUGUAGCCCUCCCGUGGGCACACGUAUCUCCACAACACGGGUCAACGGUACAUGUACACAUUUACCCGAGCCACCGUUCGCUUUACCUGCGAAGAGCUGCUCAAAAUGAUGCACCGUUCUGCAGUUUUUGCUUGUGUCACAUGUGAUAGAUGUGCACAGCGUGUAUCUGAAGACGUCAAGAUUUAGGAAUAAUCGUAGUAAAUCAGAAGUUUCAAUACCAUUUGACCUUCAUAGUAAAACAAUACCAAGUUAUUAAAUACAAUAAAUGACAUGAUUUUCAUUUAGAAGCAAAUAUUACCAUUUUGAUUGAUGCAUCAUUUUGAGUGGCUCCUCAGUAAUGCAACACACUACUGGACAUGAAUGUAGCCAACUAUUACAUAUUUUAUAGGACCUAAAAUGGCUUUGGUAGGCAAUCCACUGCAACAUCUUUUUAGGAUUUUCUUUAAACGGUCAUACUGCAGAGAAAUAGAAGUAAUCAUAUUAUUUAAUCAUUUGUGCUGCACAAUGUAGUGUUUCAGAUGCAAGCACAGCUCCAAAUCCUCCAUAUCGACGCAGCCAUGAGACAAAGCAACAGCAUUGCCACAGCAUCCUGAACAUAAUGAGCUUAGUUGACUGAAUAACUAUUAGACAAAUGUGGUCUUGCCUGCAUGAUUUCCUUUUUUUAAUUGUUGUGUACAAAUAACAUUGUUUACUGUAUUUUUUGUAUCAUUGAGAUUGUGACUGUUGUUUUUAUUAUAUUGUACAUAAAAAGCACUUUAUUUUAAUUUUUUAAGAUAAAUUAAUAAAAUACAUGUUUUGA